GGCCUACUUAAACCUGCGGCAGAGGGGGGAGAACCCAAAGCGACCGUCGGAGCGAGCGGUACUCACCGGGCAGAUGAAGACGGACGGAGCGGCGCAGAUGUUCAGCGGCAGGAAGCAGAGCCUGAUCGAGGACGCCCGCAGGGAGCGCGGCGGCGCCCCCGCGGGCUCCCCGGGACCCUCGCGGCUCGGAGAUGGUUUCGUCUUCGAGGAAAAAGGCGGGAAAGUUACGCUGAACGUGCUGUUCGCGCUCAGCAGCCAGAAAAAUGCCGGAUUCUUCAAAGCAGGGAAGAUAUUUGAAACUUUUGAAGCCAAACUUCUCCACAUCGAAAGCCGUCCGGGAAAGAAGUUGAAGAACGGCGGUCCUGACCUGGAGUUCUUCAUGAGGUGUGAAGUUCAGAGCUCCGACCUGGACGUGUUCCUCAACGCACUGAAGAGAGUGGCGGAUGACGUCCGCUCCUUUCCAGAGGAAAAGGUUCCCUGGUUCCCAAAGCAGAUCAAAGACCUGGACAGAUGCAACGAGUUGAUCACCAAAUUCGAUCCCGACCUGGACCACGACCAUCCUGGCUAUAACGAUUCAGAAUACAGAAAAAGACGAGCCGCCAUCGUUGAGCUCGCUUUCAGAUACAAACAUGGAGAUCCGCUGCCCACGGUGGAGUACACGGCAGAGGAGACCUCGACCUGGACGCAGGUCUACCAGCAGCUGCGGAGCGUCUACCCCGGCACAGCCUGCCGCCAGUUCCUGGACAGCCUGCAGCAGCUGGAGAAGGGGUGCGGCUACGGGAAGGAGCGCAUCCCGCAGCUCAGAGAGGUGUCGGCCUUCCUACAAGAGAAAACGGGCUUCCAGCUGCGUCCCGCCGCCGGCCUGCUGUCAGCCAGAGACUUCCUGGCCAGUUUGGCCUUCCGAGUGUUUCAGUGCACGCAGUACAUCCGGCACCCAUCCUCCCCCAUGCACUCCCCCGAGCCAGACUGCUGCCAUGAACUGCUCGGCCACAUCCCCAUGCUGGCGAAUAAAGAGUUUGCGCAGUUUUCUCAGGAGAUCGGACUCGCCUCACUUGGAGCUUCAGAUGAAGACAUCGAGAAACUGUCAACGUUAUACUGGUUCACUGUGGAGUUCGGUCUCUGCAAGCAGAACGGAGCGGUGAAGGCGUACGGCGCCGGGCUCCUCUCUUCUUACGGCGAGCUCAUUUACGCUUUGUCAAACGAGCCGGAGUAUAAACCCUUCGACCCGGAGGAGGCGGCGGUGCAACCGUAUCAGGACCAAACCUACCAGCCCGUUUACUUUGUGUCUGAGAGCUUUGAGGACGCAAAGAUGAAGCUGAGGAGAUUUUCCGCCACCAUCCAGCGCCCCUUCGCCGUUCGCUACGACCCGUUCACCUGCAGCGUCGAGGUUCUGGACCAGCCGGACAAGAUCCAGAACGCUCUGAGCCAGAUGAGAGAGGACCUGAAGACCCUUCACGGCGCUUUGGAGAAGCUGGGCUCAUCUUAGAACCAGAGAGUUGUAGCUUCAUGAACCAGAAGGCUCAUUUAUGAAGGUGUUCUCUGUAGAUGGAAACAAACGUCUGUUUUCAUGAAAGCAGCUCAAAAAAUGGGUUCAACCACUACAAUACGCCGCUUGUAGAGCGAUUCCUACCUUCUACUUCCAAACCAACAGUUUUCCAUUUGGAAAAUUCUUGGAAGCCAUCUAUCUUCAUGUUUUAUUAAGCAAAGGGAAGGAGUGAAUUAUGAAUGAUUUAAGUAUCGUGUUGCCUCUGCUGGUCGAGGCCCGAGCCAGCGCGGGGGCGCGGCGCGUCAGAGGGGCCAGGUCAGCGAGACCUCACACCCGACCCGCCGCUGACAGACCCUCUUCUCCCUCUUUCUGCGUGCAAAGGCAGAAUUCGGUGGGUUUUUAUGACGGACGAUUUCCAGGCGGGCAACAAUGCGUGUCAGAGCUUUGGGAAGACGAAUCGUCCUCGUCUGCGGGAUCCCGACAGCAUCAUCCAGGCGGCCGCCACCUUCUUCCCAUGAUUCCACUGUGCCGUAAAUCACCGCCUGCUCUCUGACCUAUCUCUAUCUCAUGAACUCAAAUCCUCCUGAAAGCCGCAGCUGGGAUGUGAAUCUGCAAACAAAAAGCUGGUUGCCGGGGCAACCGCUGCAGGGAUCCUGGAUCCGGUUCUCGAGGCAAAUCUCAAACACUACAUCACUCAAGGAGUCCUCUCCUCGCUGCUGCCGUCCUCGGAGCUGGCUCAGCAGCCGGGGGGGAUCCGAGGUCACCGGGUUCGCUCCGUCCUCACAUCAGCCGAGGCCACCAACCUUUUCUGAUGAAGGGAGGACGGGAAGCUUAAAACGUCUCAUUUAAAGUGUAAAAAUCCUCCCAAGGAUGCAACUAUUUAUAAAAAAAAAUGUUAACAAGAAGUUUUACAGAAUUAAAGAGUUCAAAAAUUUGAUCAGAAUCGACUCGAUGUGUUAUAAUUUGGGGUAAAUUGGUGCAAAACUUCAUUAAAAAUCUCUUGGAAGCACAUUUUGAUAAAAGUAUAACUAGAUUUUAAUUUGAUCCUCAAUAAAAUCCAUCUGACACAUUUAUUUACUGCAGUUCUGAUGAGUUAAUCCCAAAGACAAACACAUGAAUUUGAUUCUAAAAACGACUAAUUUUAACGAGUUUACUCCACCCAUUUCUAAAACCUGGUAAGUACAUAUUUUUUAUGUGUUCUUCUAGAGAUCCUAACGAAUAAAAACUUAAGAGCUGAUCAAAUAAAAUAAAAAAAAAA